UGGGGGGAAGGAGGGAGGGGGGCUUGUGAGAGUCGGGUCUGAGGCACGAAGAUGGGAUUACGGAGAGGCAUGUCCGACGCGCGAGACAAAUGAAUUGUUUUGGUCUUGUCCCGACGCCGAGGCGACUCCGCGCCCUGUAUGAGGAGCUGCAGUGAGAGCGGGUGGAACUCGGCCAGGUAGCGAGGCUAGAGAAAGGCAGGAGGAGGCUGAGGAGAAGGAGGACAACAUGGCGGCCGUGGAGCUCGAAUGGAUCCCGGAGACGCUGUACAACACCGCUAUAUCAGCCGUGGUGGACAAUUACAGCCGCUCACGACGGGACAUCCGCUCGCUGCCCGAAAACAUACAGUUCGACGUGUACUACAAGUUGUACCAACAAGGCAGGCUAUGCCAGCUUGGAGGGGAGUUCUGUGAGCUGGAGGUCUUCGCAAAGGUUCUCCGGGCUUCUGACAAAAGGCAUCUGCUUCACCACUGUUUCCAGGCUUUAAUGGAUCAUGGCGUGAAGGUGGCCUCUGUCCUUGCCAACUCCUUCAGCCGCAGGUGUUCCUACAUUGCGGAAUCUGAUGCUCAUGUCAAAGAAAAGGCCAUUCAGUUUGGUUUUGUUUUAGGUGGUUUCCUCUCAGAUGCAGGUUGGUAUGGAGAUGCAGAGAAAGUGUUCCUCUCAUGUCUGCAGCUGUGUACGCUGCAUGAUGAAGUCUUGCACUGGUAUCGUGCUGUGGAAUGCUGUGUGAGGUUGCUCCAUGUCCGUAAUGGCAACUGCAAAUACCACCUAGGAGAAGAAACCUUCAAGCUGGCGCAGUCUUACAUGGAUAAACUGGCCAAACAUGGCCACCAGGCAAACAAGGCAGCUCUCUAUGGGGAGCUCUGUGCCCUGCUUUUUGCCAAGAGUCACUAUGAUGAGGCCUACAGGUGGUGUAUAGAGGCCAUGCGGGAGAUUACAGUGGGCUUGCCAGUCAAGGUGGUCGUAGAUGUCCUCAGACAAGCUUCAAAGGCCUGUGUUGUAAAACGGGAGUUCAGGAAAGCUGAACAGCUGAUAAAACAUGCAGUAUUUUUGGCACGGGAGCAUUUUGGGCACAAACACCCAAAAUAUUCAGACACACUGCUAGAUUAUGGGUUUUACCUGCUAAAUGUGGAUAACAUCUGUCAGUCUGUUGCAAUUUAUCAGACAGCUCUAGAUAUUCGGCAGUCGGUGUUUGGAGGGAAGAACAUCCAUGUUGCAACAGCCCAUGAAGAUCUAGCAUACUCUUCCUAUGUGCACCAGUAUAGUUCUGGCAAAUUUGACAAUGCACUAUUCCAUGCAGAACGUGCCAUAGACAUCAUCACUCACAUCCUGCCUGAGGACCAUCUGCUCUUGGCUUCCUCCAAAAGGGUAAAAGCCCUGAUCCUGGAAGAAAUUGCCAUCGACUGCCAUAACAAGGAGACGGAGGAGCGACUGCUGCAGGAAGCACAUGACCUUCAUCUCUCUUCCCUCCAGCUGGCCAAGAAGGCCUUUGGGGAGUUCAAUGUACAGACAGCCAAACACUAUGGCAACCUGGGCCGUCUUUACCAGUCCAUGCGGAAGUUCAAGGAGGCAGAGGAGAUGCACGUGAAGGCUAUCCAGAUUAAGGAGCAGCUGCUGGGUCAGGAAGACUACGAAGUUGCGUUGUCUGUGGGGCACCUGGCAUCACUCUACAAUUAUGACAUGAACCAGUACGAUGAUGCUGAGAAGCUCUAUCUACGCUCCAUUGCUAUCGGCAAGAAGCUCUUUGGGGAGGGUUACAGUGGUUUGGAAUAUGACUACAGGGGCCUGAUUAAGCUCUACAACUCAGUGGGCAACUUUGAGAAGGUAUUUGAGUACCACAACAUUCUCUCCAACUGGAACCGGCUGCGGGACCGGCAGUUUGCAGUAGCAGAUGCCCUGGAGGACGUGAGCAGCAGCCCACAGGCGACGCAAGAGGUGGUCCAGGCCUUCCUGCUGUCACAGAAUCAUGUGGCCGGCCGCCCCUGCCUUGGAUAACAUGUGCUGCACGGACAUUUGUGCGCGCACACACACACACACAAACAUGCACACACGCGCACACACACACCUGCCUCACUCAGACCUCUUGAACUGGAACUGAGCUAAUGAGGCAGGAUCAGGGGAGCCUCACUCUCACCAGCAGCUGCUUAGUUUUGGCCAUGCCCCUCCUACCAGACUCUGGAGUUUCAAACACAGAUGGAGGUGCUGCAGAGAGAGAUCUCAUGUGCUUCUGCGUCACUUUCUUAAUUCUGUUUCUGCUUGUCUCACAACCAGCUUCUGUGAGGAAAAGACACAAAAAUAGAAACUAAACUAAUCUUA